GAGAGCAGAGUGUAAAAAUACAUUAAUUCACCACAAAAGUCAUGUUGUCCUGGACUGUACUGCCUGAUUGGAAAGUAUUGCUGUUGGUGACUCUUCUAUGGGACUACCUCUGUGCUGAGGAACUGAAGCCCACGAGAUGGCCACUGUAUCUCCAAAAGCCUCUGGUAAUGGCCUGGAAUGCUCCGACAGAGGACUGCAGCCCACGGCACGGUAUUCACUUUCAGCUGGAGCAGUUCCAGAUUGUGGCAUCGCCCAGCAAGGGCUUUGUCCGCCAAAACCUCACCAUCUUUUACAAGGACCGCUUGGGGUUGUACCCCUAUUAUAAUGAGCAUGAUGGUACUGUCAUGAACGGUGGGCUCCCGCAGGUUGCCAGUCUCACUCAGCACCUGGAGAAGAUGCCGGAGGGUAUUCAGUAUUACAUACGCGAAGCAGGGGCCAAGGGACUGGCAGUUAUUGACUGGGAGGAGUGGAGACCACUGUGGAUCCGCAACUGGGACGUCAAGAAUGUGUACCGCAACCAGUCAAGGCAGCUGGUGGCCCAGAAGAACCCAGCCUGGCCCGCAGAGCGUGUGGCUAAGGUGGCCCAGCAGGAGUUUGAGAUGUCAGCCCGGAAGUUCAUGCUGGAGACCCUGAGGCUGGCCAAGAGCCUGCGGCCCAACCAGCUGUGGGGGUUCUACUUGUUCCCAGACUGCUACAACCACGACUACAAGAACACUCUGGAGAACUACACGGGCCGCUGCCCUGACGUGGAGGUGGCCCGGAAUGAAAUGCUCAAAUGGCUGUGGAUGGAGAGCACAGCCCUCUUCCCUUCGGUCUACAUGGGCAUGGUGCUGCGCUCUUCGCCCUCGGGGCGCCAGUUUGUCCGGAACCGGGUGAAGGAGGGGAUGCGUCUGGCGUCAGGGGGAGACGGGCUGGCACGUCCUGUCUUUGUGUACGCCCGGCCCACCUAUGCCAACGUACUGGAGCUGCUGACAGAGACGGACCUGGUCUCCACCAUCGGGGAGAGUGUGGCUCUUGGGGCCGCAGGCAUCAUCCUCUGGGGAGACCACGCUUAUGCCAGCAGCAAGGCCAGUUGCUCUAGUCUGAAUGAGUACCUGCGGGGUCCGCUGGGCCGGUACCUGCUCAACGUUACCACGGCAGCAGAGCUAUGCAGCCAGACGCUGUGCGAUUCCCUUGGACGCUGCUUGCGUAAACACCCUGACACUGAUGCCUACCUGCACCUCAGCACCCGCACCCACAGAAUAGAGGCCCUGGCAAAUGGAAAACUCAAGGUUCAAGGUCAGCUUGGGGAAGACGACAUAUUGGGCUUUCAGAGGGAGUUCCAGUGCCAGUGCUAUAGUGGCUACCAGGGAGAGGGCUGUGGCCAGAGAGACCCCCAACAACAACGAGGCAUCGCAGCUCCAAUCAUGGCAUCAUGGGUGCACUGUUUGCUCCUGCUACUCAUCACACUCCUGCUCUGAGUGCAAACAGUACAUACACAGGCAUACAGCUACAUUCAAAUAAUUGAACGUGUACUGGUAUACACAUGACAUUAUCUACACACAUGCGCAAACAUUAUAUAAAUACACUUUGGGGCAAAUGUAUUCACUGUGGUCCAGAUUGCUGUAAGGUUGGUGGAUCUAUGUGGAACUGAGUUAUGUGGUUGUUUGUGUGUUGAUUUGUUUCCCAUACAUUGGAGGGCUCGCUGGAAAUAACUUUGUUUACAUUGAUCUCUUUCUCAGUCUCCUUCCCACAAUUUAUCUCUCUCAACCCUUCCUCCCUCUUUCAAGGUGUCAUUUUCUCAUGAUCCCAAAGUUUAUGUUUUUGUGUGGAAAUGUGUGUUGUUUUCAAGAUGUGCUUCUGAUGUAUGUACGGUUUUGUGUUAUGUGUGAGCCAAAAUGGGGCCGAUGCACUUGAUUCUUGGAAUAGCACAAAAUAGUUCUUAUUGCCUGACUGACAUUUUUAUCUUUAGGUUUCAAUAUUUAUAUUAAUGUAUUUUCACGUUUGUUAAAAAGCUUUUGUUAUUUUAUGGCAAAAACAAGACUACUAUUUUCGUUCCAAAAUUGUGCGUCUCUCUUACUGUGUACAAUGUUUCAAUCACUCAAAAUAAAUCAAAGCUGUAAUUAAGUGAUACUGCCAGAGAAGCCGGUGUUUGGAGGAUAUAUUGGCACAGGUGUUGUUUCAUCAAGGGCCUGCAAA